AUGAGAUGUGCAGGGAAUACUUUAGAGAAGCCAAAGAAAAAUGGGAGACACGGAAACAACGCGCACGGAUACCAAAAACCUGCAUGGUUGGAAGCUCUUUACACGCAAAAGUUCUUUGUGGGCUGCUCUCACCAUGAGAAUGCAAAAAAGAAUGAAAAGAACAUAUGUUGCUUAGAUUGUUGCACCAGCAUUUGUCCCCAUUGCUUGCCUUCCCAUCGCUUCCAUAGGCUUCUUCAGGUUCGCCGUUACGUUUAUCAUGAUGUUGUCAGAUUGGAAGAUCUUCACAAACUCAUUGACUGCUCCAACGUGCAGUCUUAUACCAUCAAUAGUGCCAAGGUGGUGUUCAUAAAGAAGAGACCUCAAAAUCGGCAAUUCAAGGGAUCAGGAAACUACUGCACUUCCUGUGACAGAAGUCUCCAAGAACCCUUUAUCCAUUGUUCUCUAGGAUGCAAGGUGGAUUUUGUGCUGAAACACUACAAGAAACUCUCUCCCUAUUUGAGAAGAUGCAACACCUUGCAUCUAAGUCCUGAUUUCCUAAUCCCACAAGAGAUGGGUGAUGAUGAGAUGACUCGUUCAACAAUUGUGGACUGUGAUGAGCCAAUGAGCUCAUCCUCAGGAUCAGAGAACAUGAGCAUGGCUUGCACAGAGAUUGUUAGGAAGAAGCGUAGUGGGUGGAAUGUGUGUGGAAGAUCAAUGGCCAACAAGGUUUCUAAUGAAGACAUGGCUACUAGCAUGAGUAGAAGGAAAGGCAUCCCUCAUAGAUCUCCUUUGUGUUAG